CGCGUUUUGCUUCCAAGUCUCAAAUCACAUGUUUCCACUGUUUCUUUUUUUUCAGAAGAUACAGUUGCACCCAGAUGUCAACCUCUCACAAAGAAAAAUGAAACUGGCUAUGAUAGCUUUUAUGAAGAGUACCAGUCUGCAGAUGAAGAAUGUUCCUGGAGCAAUGUCACACUUGCAGAUUUGUAUCCAAGCAUGGUGGAGAACCUUAGUAAGCUGAUCAACAGACAAACUCAAAGAAAAAUAGCUGAUUACAUAAUCAGAAACUACAGACGCAGAGGAUGGCAUCCUAAAAAACCAAGACUUAAUGUUACCAUGGUAAAAACAAAAAGGUUCAGGCCAGCUAAAGUAAAGUGCAUCCUGCAGAACACACAUGAUGAUGGUAAUGAUCAGGAGAAACAAAAAUUACUUCCUGGAAAUAAAGUCAAUGAGAAUAAUUAUGACACAUGUUUAACUAGGGAUGAAUCUGAUGUGCUGUCUUGCUUACCUUUUAAUACCGAAGCAAUGGAAAUAGACUGUAUAAUAGACUGUUCUGGAAGUUUCGCCAAUAAUUACACUGAAAGAACAGACCAAAACAUCUUGAAGUCAACUGGUUUUCCAAAUGCAGUCAUUAGAACAGAUGAAACAUUGUUGAUUGAGAGUCCAUCUCAGGCUGCUGUGUCACUGAACCAUUCUCAAAGUAGCCCAACUGAGAAGCUUCCUGAAAUAUCUUCUCAGAAAUACCCUUUUGUAACUUGCACUGGAGGUUUGGGAUCAGUGUCUCUUUGUCUAAUGAAGGAUGGCGAGAACAGCAAAAUUGAUGGUGUAACUUUUGAUAGUACCUCAGAGAGAAAUUCUCCCACUUGCAACUUUAAUGUUGAUGCUAAUACCUUUCUGUCACUGAACAACUACUCCUUAGCAAGAACAUCAGAUGUAUUUCACAGACAACCUGAAAUAAAGCCAAUCAAAGGAGGUGUUUUGUUGCAGCGCAGUCAUUCAUUUUCCUCACUUCCUGUGAAUCAGAGUCCUAGCAAGGCUCAACAGAAAUAUGAGACUGCGUUUGAAAAAGUUUACCAGAAGCUGUGCUCUAAAGAACUUCAGAAACCACUUAUAUUUCCAAAAACUCCUUCAAGCCUAAGGAGAUUUGAAGAGAGAGAAAGUGUAUUCAAAAUUAAUUUUUCUGAUUCUGAAAAGUGUCAUAAACAGUAUGAUCAUGCAUUUGACAAGAUUUACCAGAAGUUACAUACUGAAGGGCUUCCAAAACUCCCUACUUUUUUAAGAGCUUCAAACUUAAGGAAAUAUGAAUGCAUACAAAUGUCUGAAACUGUAAAUGCCCUAAUUAAUUCACCCAUACGAACUUUGCCUUCAUUGGCCAGAAUUAAGAGAGUAGCAGAUAUCCAUAAGGAAGAUCUUCUGUUUUCACCACUAAAGAGACUGAAAAAUGUACCUGAAUCUUAUUGUCCUAAAGGAGCAAGUCCAAAGUCCUCUCAUAAGAAACAUGUUAACUCUCAGAUGACUGGCAUGGACUUAUCAAACACAAAGGAUGGGAUUGUUGCCAGCCUCUCUCAAAGUCCAAAUAAUCAAAAUUAUGACUCUGAGAACUUUAAUUUUGGGUUUCCUGCUUCUCCAAAUCGUACUUUUCUUGUUCAUCCAAGUACUUUCCUGCAAGAAUCCAGGAUAGCAGAUAUCUAUGCAACUAUUCCUAGGAUGCUGCAGAAUCAUGGAUCAACUAGAAAUGCAGAAAAACGUCAACAAAGGAUAUUCAGAAAACUCAGCUACAAUGAUGAGUGAAAGAGGACCCCUAGCAUCAUUUUGACAACUUCAUGGCUACCACCCAGCCCAGAUCAUCUGUGGAAGGCCAUAAAGAAAUUGUUUUAUGAAUUGUUAAAGAUAUCAGGGACAGUUUUAACUAUUGCAGGCUGAAAUGUGCAAUUCCUGCUAAGGAGGGAGCUGAAGAACAUUGCUCUGUAUUAUACAGUUUAUCCUAAUUUGUACAUUCCCUCUUAUCCAGAAGAGUACCCAGAAGGAUUGCAGGGCAGGUCUACUUACUGAAUUGUUGUUUAUCUGAUUUUUGAGGUGUCUGCUUGCUGCUGAGAAUCAAGGCUCCUUCUUAUAGCUCAGCAUAUAUUUGUAACUCGUAUGUUAGUGGUAUUCAUAAUUCUACAUGUUUGGGCUACACAUAGUUCUUUUGUCUGCUGAUUAACACAGGUAUCAUCAUGCUAAUAAUAAUGUGUUAACAAGCUCUGUACUUGCCGGAAUUCCUAGCCUCUUCUGUGAAUAGUGGCUUUUUAUAUGUGCAUGUCAUUAGGCUCCCGACAACAUUAGCUAGAAAGGUCGAAAGACAGUAUAAUAUUAUGAACCUGUAAUGGGGCCAUUCUAUUAGGUUCCAGGUUUUAAUGUUUAAUUUUCCAUUUAUCUCAUUACUAAUCUUGUCUGUCUAAUAAAAUUUUGUGUGUUAUUGGA